AUGUGCUACCAUCCCGAUUCAUUUUACUCUUGCAUUUGGUCUUCUUCUUAUGAUAGCGAUAUUACACACAAAGGACUGGUUUCAUUAGACGAGCUGAAUGAGAAUGUUUUCAAAAAGCUUGGAUAUGAUAUUCUCGAACCGACUAUCCCCGUUCCAACUCUCCGGAUGACCAAUGAACCAACAUGUGAGACGGUAUUUUCCGAAUGGAAGAGAAUCUCAGAGCUUCCACAGCCAGAGUACCCACCGAAGGAGAUCCCAUCCGACCGUAUGGAUGAGUUCUUGCUUUACAAUUACACAGCCAUGAACAAGUGGUACAUAAACGACAAGAAUUCGGACAAGGGUGAGAGACCAAGAAAUUGGGAUAAACUUUCGGAUAUGAUCAAGUGGCCCAGGCAGAAAUUGGGAGGAUUGGCAUAUGGAACAGACGGAGUUUCCAUAUAUGAUGCAAUGAAGUUUCAUCGUUUGGAUGGAAAGAGUGGAGUUGUCAUUGGAAGUAUGCAACCAUGGGUGGAAGUUUCAGCUCUUGUGCAUGGAGCAUCGAAAGUUCUGACUGUAGAAUACAAUAAACUAGAAAUACAGGAGGAAUUCAGAGAUCGAAUGUCUUCGAUUCUUCCCAUCGAAUUUGUGUCGAAUUGGCAAAAAUACGCAGACAAAUUUGACUUCGCUGCAUCCUUCUCAUCCAUCGAGCAUUCUGGAUUGGGAAGAUAUGGAGACCCAAUCGAUCCAAUAGGGGAUUUGAGAGAAAUGCUCAAAAUUAAAUGCAUCCUCAAACCAGGAGGUCUUCUAUUCCUUGGAGUUCCAUUGGGUACUGAUGCUAUUCAAUACAACGCUCACAGUAUCUACGGAUCCGUUCGACUUGCAAUGAUGUUCUACGGAUAUGAGUGGCUUGGAACAUUUUCUGGAAAUACUGAGCAACCGAAUGACCUCACUGCAGAACGACUUCAUUCGAGAAACAUCUUCGGAAUGACCCAAAACACUAUUGUUUUGAGAAAACUUUAA